AUGGAGGCGGCCGGGGCUCUGGCCACGCUGGGCAGCCUGGCGCCGUCGCCCAUCACCGUCCUGGGACUGAUACCACUCCUGGCUUUGGGAAUCACGUAUUUCAGAUACCAGCAGUUUGAUCCAGAAUCAUAUAUCACGGAAGUUAACGCUGUCCUACCGAUCUACGACUUCAUAGUGGUGGGCGGCGGGUCGGCGGGCGCCGUGCUGGCGUCGCGGCUGUCCGAGGUGGGCAACUGGACCGUGCUGCUGCUGGAGGCCGGCGGCGACGAGACGGAGAUCAGCGACGUGCCCGCGCUGGCCGGCUACCUGCAGCUCUCCGACAUGGACUGGAAGUUCCAGACCACACCCUCGCACAACCGCUCCUACUGCCUCGCCAUGAACGCCGACCGCUGCAACUGGCCGCGCGGCAAGGUGCUCGGCGGCUGCAGCGUGCUCAACGCCAUGGUCUACGUGCGCGGCAACAGGAACGACUACGACCUGUGGGAGGCGCUCGGCAACCCCGGCUGGUCGUACGAUCAGGUGCUACCCUACUUCUUGAAGUCGGAGGACAAUCGCAACCCUUACUUGGUGAACACGCCGUACCACGCUGCUGGCGGGUAUCUGACAGUGCAGGAGGCGCCGUGGCGGACCCCGCUGGCCGUCACGUUUCUGAAGGGAGGAGCGGAGCUGGGAUACGAAAACCGUGAUAUCAAUGGGGCCAAGCAGACGGGAUUCAUGCUGACGCAAGCGACGAUGCGCCGCGGCAGCCGCUGCAGCACCGCCAAGGCCUUCCUCCGCCCCGUGCGCCAGAGGGAGAAUCUGCACAUUGCACUCGGCGCUCAGGUCACUAAAAUAUUAAUUAACUCUGUGAAGAAGCAAGCUUACGGGGUAGAGUUCAUGAAAAAUGGGCAAAGGUUUAAAGUGAGAAUAAAGCGAGAAGUGAUAAUGUCAGCAGGAGCGCUGCACUCUCCACAGUUACUGAUGCUGAGCGGAGUCGGACCCGCUGAGCAUUUAAGAGAGCACGGUAUCCCAGUUAUAGCCAACUUGAAAGUCGGACACAACUUGCAAGACCACGUAGGGCUCGGAGGUUUAACAUUCGUCGUCAACAAACCGGUCACGUUCAAGAAGGACCGUUUCCAAACGUUAGCUGUUGCAACGAACUACAUACUGUACGAGAAAGGGCCGAUGACGACGCAGGGCGUGGAAGGACUAGCAUUCGUAAACACGAAGUACGCGCCGCCGUCCGGCAACUGGCCCGACAUACAGUUCCACUUCGCGCCUAGUUCAGUGAACUCGGACGGGGGGGAGCAGAUCAGGCGCAUAUUGAACAUCAGAGACCGAGUGUACAACACAGUAUACAAGCCCUUGGAGAAUGCGGAAACGUGGACGAUACUGCCUCUGCUGCUGCGUCCGAAGAGCUCAGGUUGGGUGAAGCUGAAGAGCCGGAACCCUUUCCACCCGAUGUCGAUAGAGCCGAACUACUUCGCUUACAAAGAGGACCUAAAGGUAUUGACAGAGGGGAUAAAAAUAGCGAUGGCAUUGUCGAACACAUCAGCAUUUCAAGUAUAUGGCUCGCGGCCGCACAACAUCCCGCUGCCGGGGUGCAGCCACUUCGUCCUCUUCAGCGACGAGUACUGGGAGUGCUGCCUGAAGCACUUCACGUUCACGAUCUACCACCCGACGGGCACGUGCAAGAUGGGCCCCAAGCACGACCAGGCGGCGGUGGUGGACCCACGCCUGCGCGUGCACGGCGUGGCCAACCUGCGCGUGGUGGACGCCAGCAUCAUGCCCACCAUCGUCAGCGGGAACCCCAACGCCCCCGUCAUCAUGAUCGCCGAAAAAGCCGCUGAUAUGAUCAAGGAGGACUGGCUGGUGUUAUGACACUAAGUGCAGUGUAGCUUUGUGGACUCAACAGACUUUGUAGAUUUAAAAGUGGAAUUGUAGAUUUAAGUGAACUUGUCACAUUUUUCGAAUACUCUCGGACUAUUUACGUAGCUUUAAGGUGUUUUGUAAAUAAUUAUUUAAUUAGAAUGUAUUAAAAGCUUGUCAUGUUGAAAUUCUGCUAUGAUCUGUUUCCGAUACUCAAUAAUUGCUUCAAAGCUGUAACAGAUAAGGCUACCAAUGUAAAUUAAAAACAAUGCUGUAUUAUAGUAAAAUAUGUAUCAAAUAAACUUAAGGUUUAAAACGAA